AAUGAUGAGAAAACACGUAUAUUAUUGUUAAAUUAAUGCAUUAAUUCACCCGAGUGAUAACCUUUGCAAUUCUUGUCUAAAAAUAUUAAGGAAUCAGUGAGUUGUUGAACAGGCGUUGGAUUGGUGUUUUUAAUAAUUUAAAUCGCGGGAAAUAAUAUGUCGAGUAACGGGAUUGAUACAGAAAAUGUGAAGGUGAAUAGGAGGGCUAAUGCACUCAUUGCGAGGAAGGCGAGGGCUUAUUUGAAGGCUGUUGAAAAUAGUCGAGGAGUGAGGGUGCCGACUGUAGAUAAGCCAGGGUUUCCAAAGCUGGAGGCUCUAGAAAGAGUUUCCAAUAUACCCAUCGUAGAAAGUGGGAUAGAAGUCACAGAAAAAUUGUAUCACAAAAUAAAGGAUUCAAACCCAUUGAUAAGAUGGUAUCUAGCUUUCGGCGAGAAAUCCUUAGCCACUGGAGUUCAGCUGGCUUUACCAGCUGUCAAUCUCUUAGAGACUCCGAUUCAUCAACUUGACAAGUUCCUCUGCAAAUCGUUGGAUGUGGUAGAGAAGCGUGUCCCUUCAAUAUAUCUUCCACCUCAAGCUCUAUACUCAGAAACCCGUCGCUUCGUCCUCCGGCGAGCUGACUCGGUGAAGCAGAUCGGUAGUGCCGUGCUGGACUCUCGUGUGACGGCCGUCACCGCGUCGGCUCUGGACCGCGCGCUGACCACCGCGGACGUGUACGUCGACAAGUUACUGCCGCCCGACUACCAGGACGCCGACGAAGCGAGCAUAAUAGUGGCCGCAGCUGAAGUAGACUGCAAAGAUGGAUCAGGAAGGGCUCGUGCGGCGCACACCGUGCAGCACGGAGCCAGGCUCGGGAGGAAGCUGCAGAGACGACUGACCCGGCAGAUGCUGGCUGAGGCCAAGGCUAUCAAGGAACAGAUCAACGUGCUGGUGUAUGUCGCCGAGUUGGUAGUAACAGAUCCCGCGUUAGCUUGGAAGAAAGCGAAGGAACUGUACGCGGCACUGUCCGGGCCUGAGCCGGAGAACCAGGCCCGACCGGCGACCCUCGAGGAACUUCUCGUGCUGCUGUCGCGGGAGACCGCCAGGAGGGUCGUCCACUUUAUCAAUUACGUUGAUCUGCCGAACAAUCUCCACUUAGGUCUAACAGUAGUGUCAAAUCAUCUGGCGGUAGCCGCUGACACCCUCCUCAAGGCUGUAUCAGUGGACUCGGCACUCUCUGGAAUUCGUAUCUGGCGUCAAAAAAUUACAGCUUUAUUACAACAACUGCAGGACACCUCCAAAGUAUAUCUAGAACACCUUGCCAUGUUACUCGCUGGUAACGACGGGCGACACAAGUUAUCGUCGCGUUCCAUCUACGACCAACGCGACGAUCUGUCAACCAUAAACGGUGUCAACUAGAUUUAACUCUUCUUUGUAAAGUUAUGGAAUUUUAGGCUUAUGAUUUUGUUGCUUACUGUUAUUUCUUGUUGUUUUAUUGGUAAUUUUAAUUCAGAUGCCUUAUUAUAUCCAAUUAAUCUAUUUACCAUGCAAUUAUUAUAUUUUAAUUAAUGUAACUAACUUGAUUAUGAUUUAUUUAAUAUUUACUAAUAUUCUUUGUUUUUUUUUCUAUAUAUGGAAAACUUAUUUAGUUAUUAUAGUUUUUAUAAUACUCAGAUUUUUAAUUUUAAUAGAGUCGCCAUAAUAUGGUAUAUUACUAAUAUAAUUAUU